AAAUAGCCACCGAUUGUGUGUGUGUGUGUGUGUGUUGUUUGUUUGAUGUUAUUUUCUUUUGUUGUUAUUGUUCAUUUGGAAUUAAAAUUUUGUUUUAAAAAAACUUAAGAAACAUUUUUUUUUCAAUUCAAAAAAAUUAUCAAAUAUCUUCCGAUAUGGAUCCAACAUUGAUUACAAAUAUUGAACAUUUAUUAAAUGAACUUUAUGAUGGUGGUCAACGAACAAACGAAUGCUCGAAUGGAACAAAAUUCGAACAAACAAAUCAGCUAUUAAUUAAUCUACAAAAAUCAAAAGAAGCAUGGUUAUUUGUUUGGCAAUUAAUGGAAAAAAAUCGUUCAAUUAAUGUACAAUAUUUUGGUGCAUCAUCAUUAUAUGUUAAACUAACUAAAUAUCAUUAUGAAUUAGAUACGAAUAAUUAUAGACAAAUAUGGAUGAAAAUUAUUGAAAAUCUGAUUAGUUAUAUGGAAAAUCCAGAAUUUAAUCUAAUAACAACAAAAUUAAUAUCAUGUUUAGCUGUUUGUAUUGUACAGAAUAUUGAUUCUGAAUGGAAUAAUGCAUUACAAGAUUUAUGGACAAUAUUUCAACCAGUAAAAUUACCAAAUAUUCCAUCAACACGUGUACAACAAUGUUUACUGGAAAUAUUAAGUGUUAUACCGGAUGAAUUGAAUCAUCCAUAUCGUGAUAAAAAUCGUAAACAUUCAGCCAAAUUGGAAUUAAUCAAGCAUGCUGAAUCAGUAUUAAUGUUUAUUUAUACAAUUCUUUUGGAAGAAAAUAUUUCCGAUAAUAUUACAAAAAUUUGUUUAAAAUGUUUUCAAUGUUGGUCAAUUGGUUUGGAUACAAUCAUAUUGACUGAAAAUCAUACGGAAAUUAUUGCAAUAAUUUUGAAUUUAAUUCGAAAUGAAAAUACAUGUCAUGAAGCUGUUGAAUGUUUAAUUAAUAUUUAUACAAAUCCAAAUCUAAUUAAACAACCAAAAAUGAUUAUCCGAUUAAUUGAACAAAUGACAAUCAAUUUAAGAAAUGUUAUUGAUCAAGCAAUCAAAGAAUCAAAUCAUGAUUAUCUUCGUGAUCUUUAUCUAUUGUUUAUAUCGAUUGGUGAAUCACAUACCCGCUUGAUAUUAGAUUCAUUAAUUGAUUUAUCAUUAAAUCAAAAUAUAAUGAUUGAAUUUUUUCAUAUCAUUCUAAAAUGUAGUCAAACACCAAAUUAUUAUGGUUAUGAUGAAACAAUAAGUGAUUUACCAUUUAAUUUUUGGAUAAAUUUCCAGGAUGAUCUAAUGGCAUCGGAUGAAAAUCGUAUACAAAUUUAUCUGAAUAUAUUUCGUGAUAUAUUUCAUUCAUUAAUCAAUAUUUUUCUGUUUAAAUUACAAUAUCCACCUGAUGAAAUAUAUGAACAACAAUGGGAUAAAGAUGAUCGUGAAAAAUUUCGUUGUUAUCGACAAGAUAUUUCCGAUACAUAUGCAUAUUGUUUUUCCAUUCUGAAUACAUCAUUACUGCAGAUUCUAAUGGAUCAUUUUAAUAAAGCAUUGGCGCAAACAUUGAUGGCCAGUUCGAAAAAUAAUAAUGAUAAUUCAAAAAAUCAAAUAUCCGCUUCGAUUCGUUAUCUGGAAGCAGUUAUCUAUGCAUUCACAUCAUUAAUGGAAAAUAUAUCACCAAAUGAAAAUAUAUUUAUGCCACAAAUAUUAAGUUCAUUUCAAACACUUUCCACUGAUUGUUUACAAGAUUCUCGAUUAUUAUCAACAAUAAAUUCAUUUUUAUCCAAUUCAGCUGAUUGGCUAGCUAAUAAUAUAAAUUAUUUUCCAUUCUCGCUGACAAUCAUAUCCAAUUCAUUAAAAUCGAAUGAUCAAAUGGUUAUUAUAUCGGCUACAAUGGCAUUAAAAAUUAUAACCAAUGAAUGUCAAUUAAAUCUUCAACCAUAUUCAAUGGAAAUAAUACAAAUUUGUGAACAAUAUCUUCAAUCACAACAUUUACAAUAUAAAGAACGUGCUAGAUUAAUGCAUUCAUUAGGUACAAUUUUAUCAAUAAUACCAUUAGAUUUAAUUAUGCAAACUAUUGAUCGAAUUCUGAUACCAAUUCUAUCGGAAAUGGAAAAAAUUCUUCUGAUUGAUAAUCAGCAACAACAACAAAAUAAUACAGAAAUACGUCCGCAUAUUAAUGGAAUUUUGUUAAUGUUAUCGAAUUUGUUUGCAAAACUUGAUGUCAAUCUGAAAGGUACCGAAUUGGAAGAAGGUGAUCAGCUAAUAUCAAAAUCAUUGAUCAAAUCAAAAGCAAAAAAUAAUAUACCACAACCAUUAUUGAAAAUUUUUGAAAAAAUUAUGCCAAUGUUUACCGUAAUCGUUACAAAUUAUUCAUAUGAUGAACAAAUUGCUGAAAAUAUUUGUGAAUGUAUAAAAAAAACUAUUAUCACAUUGUUGGAUGAUAUUCUACCAAUGAUCGGUGCAAUUUUACAACUAUUAAUACAACUUUAUCGUGAUUCACGUUCAAUUUCAGUUAUACAAAUUUCUAGACAAAUAUUUCAAUUAUUUUAUAAAGAAACAGAAUUAUUACCCAUAUUGCAAGAAUAUUUUUAUUCAUUAUCAACAAUAACCAUUGAACAAUUUACAAAAGAUUUUCGUGAAAAUACUUAUCUUGUACAAUGUUUUUAUGAAGAAUCCGCACAAAUACUGCGUAAAACAACGAUAAUAUUUCUGUAUUCAAAAUUAAAUCUUUCCGCAUUGUUUGAUUGGGCAAUUGCCGGUAUUUGUUUACCGGAAAAAAGUACUGUUCAUCAAUGUUCAAUAUUUAUUAGUGAAUUUUUGAAUCAAGGUAGACAAAAUGAACAAUUUUAUAAAAUCAUACAGGAUAUGUUCGAUUUGUUAGUGAUGAAAAUAUUUAUUGUUAUCGGUGGACAACAAGGUUCACCAUCACAUUCAGUUGAUUAUAUGCCCGAUAUAAUUAUUGUAUUGAAUCAAAAAUAUUCGGAUAAUUUUCAACGAACGCUGAAUUCAAUAAUCGAUUAUAAUGAUUUUCCAACCGAAUUGAUUAAAAGAGAACAAAAACAACAAUUCGUACAAUCAAUUUCAACAUUACGUAAUAAUAAACGACGUUUACGUGAAAUUGUUAAAGAAUUUAGUUAUCGUUGUCGUGGACUAUUCGGUGUAGAUAAUAAACAUUAAGUCGGGUUGGUUGAUUGAUGAACAAAUCUAUUCUUUUCUUUUUUUUAAUUUUUAAAAUCUUUAUAUCUCUAUAUGGAAUGAUUUUUGU